UAGGGAGGGACCACAACAAAAAAAAACAACGCAAUAUCAGUCACACAAGUCGGAUAAUUGAAGCCGGAAGGUAUUAGGAAAUCCCUGCAGUCAGUAGAAUAUAUAAUGGCGGGGAGAUGUGAAGAGAAGACAAGUUCCACGAGAUCAGGCGGUCAACACAAGAGGAAUCUCAACUUGGCAUCGCAGCAUGACCUCCGAAACGUACGUGCGAAUCCUCGCUGUGGGGUUGCUGGCCUUUCUAGUACUACGUGCCGCCGGAGCUCCGCUUACAGAGACACCCUCCGUCUUUCCAUCAACUGGCACCUCAAGUGAGGAGGAAACAGAGUCCUCCGAGCUGCUGAGCUCCUCUGAUGUUUGGACCUCCUUUCUGGACACCGCUAAAGACCACCAGAAAUCUUUUGAAGAUGAAUUCCAAAACAAUGUCCAGUUUCAUUUACUGGAGGACUACAAAAUCUCCCAGCUUCCAGCAAACUGUCCCACCUCCAACUUCAGCAAGGAGGCUUGCCUCCACAGGCUGGCCCAAGGUCUGUCCUUUUAUACGAGUCUUCUGAAGCAAGUGGAGAAAGAAUAUCCCAACAGUAGAAUUCUGUCCGAGGCCAAACGCUACACCGAACUCUUCCUCUGGAACAUCAAACAAAAGAUGAAAAAGGCAGAUGAGGUCACAAGCCUAAGCAGCAGCCAGGAGAAAAGCCUGCUGGAGUCAUUGGACAACGCAGAUGCUUUUCAGAGAAAGAUGACGGCGCACAGCAUCCUGCGGCAGCUCAACGUCUUCGUGGUUGACGGCAAGAGGGCGCUGAGCCGGAGAAAUAGGCCGAGGAGAAGACCUGCCAAGGAUCAACACAUUGAAGUCGUCACAUCCGCAACGAAGGCCGUCUCAGGAAAGUUGGGCAAAGCCUGAGCCAAAUUAAGGGAACUUGUUGUAUCCGCAUUGACGUGUCAUAAUCCACUGACGAAAUGAUGAUGUAUUUAUACGUUUUUGAAUGACGCAUAGGUUUUUUUUUUGACUAUUUAUUCCUUGAAGAAAAUAUUUAUUGCUCAAACAAAAACCCCAUUGUGGUGGGUCUGCCUUAUUUAUUUCAAACAGUAAUUUGAAUUAUUUAAAGAUAUUUAUCGUAUUGAAUUGUUUUGAGACUUGAAGUCAUGGUAACUAUGCAUAUUUAUUUCAAGUUUUUUUAUUGAAUGUAUUUUGGAAACAUCAAUAAAAAAUGGAUUUGCCAACC